GGUUGGGCUUUUUUGAUCUACGUGAUUCAGCGCAGUUUUUGCGGAAGGACUGUUUCUACUACCCAACAAAAGACGACAAGACGUGACGGCGCGAGGGAAAAACGACAGGCUGGUUUAUAAAACUGAAUAAUGGAGAAUCCAGAGGUUUAUAGCCCCACAACCACGGCCCAACAGCCCACCAAAGACAGAUGUUUCAUGGUGCCGUCAAAACAUCUGGACUCCAAGAGGUUCUUCCUUAAAGCUCUGGAAGUGCUCCUGUCGUUCGUGGCCUUCGUUCUGGAGGAAGUGGUCAGUAACUGCACUUCCUGUGCUCCGCUGUAUUUUUUCGAGUUCGUCAGCUGCACAGCCUUCCUCUUCACCCUCCUCCUCCUCAUCCUCCUCGUCACUCCGCUGUACCUGAGAGUCGGCAUCACCUGCUGGCCUCUACUGGAUUUUGUAUACACGCUCGUCAUCGCCGUUUUCUUCGCCAUUGCCUCGAUUGUGUUUGCAGCAGAUAACGGAGAUAUGACCACGGAAAAAGCCGCUGUGGUGUUCGGAUUCGUGGCGACGGUCGUUUUCUUCAUAGAUCUUGGUUUGUUCGUAAUGAAUCAAGGAAUUCCGUGUUUGAAGCGAAGUCCAGCUGCUGACAACACGCCAGUUCCUGUUGCGGAAGCUGAGAAGCUAAAUGCUAACGGAAACGAAUGAGUCGUUUUUAUAUCUGGUGACGUUUUAAUCCAGCCAAUCCACUUCCAGUUCGCUCCCCAGACUGACCAAUGAGAGCACUGAACCUCCCAGUGGUCUUAAUCAUCUUUAUCCUUAUCGUUUUUUUUUUGUUUUGUUUUGUUUCUUUUUUUGUAAAUGUAGAGAUUUUUAACCUGAAGCAGAGACGACGCAAAAAAUCAGACCCCAGCUAAUUUUAUCUGAGCGAGAGCGAGAGUUUUAAUGAAUGUGGUUUUUAUAUAGUUUUUAUAUAUGUGUGAAUGAGGUGUUGAAGGGGUUGCGAACUGGGAAACCGAAUCAUUUCACUGAAUAUAUUUUAUUUUAUUCAAGUGCCUUUAAGUUUUUUAAGAAAAGAAAACCAAACAAAAAAAUAUUUUUGGGGGGUAUUUUUAUUUUUUAGUGUUGGUUUUUAAGGUAUCAAAUUUAUGAUUUAUAGGAUUGUGAUGAUGGAUGUAAAUGUUACACUGUAUUGCCAGAAGUAUGAGCUUGAGUUCAAUCCAGUUCUUAAUCCAUUGGGUUUAAUAUGAUAUCAGUUUAUCUUUUACUUCUCUGGGAAUGUUUUCCACAAGGUUUAGGAGUGUGUUUAUUGUCAUUUUUUACUUUUUUAUUGGACGAGAAGACCUGCAUCAGUCCCCAAUCAGAUUCAUCCCAAUGGUUUUCUAUCAGAGGUCAGGACAGUUCAAGUUCUUCCUCUACUCCAAUCUCUCAAACUCAAAGAUCAUCCAUGUCUUUUUUAGAUCUUGCUUUUUGCACUGAUGAAAACGAAAAGUGGUCCACAAACUGGUGACAGUUAUUUAAAAAUCCAUGAAAUUGUCUAAAAUCUCUUGGUUUUCUGAAGCAUUGAGAGUUCCUUGCACUCUUGCUUUCACGGGUCGAACCCAACUCCUGCAAAACAACCCAAAAACAAACUAAUGAUCCCCCCUCAGCCAAACUUUACACUCAUUACAGGGUUCCUGUGGGUCCUUAGAAUGUCUUAAAAAGGCUUAAAAGGUCUUAAAAAGGCUUAGAAAAGUCUUAAAUAACUAAGGUUGGUGAAGAGGUAUCUAACAUUAGCUGAAAGGUAGCUAAGGUUAGCAGAGAGCUAGCUAACAUUUAGUGGCGGAUUAGCUAGCAAACAUGCUAACAUAUUAACUUCACAGAUGAGUCGGCUAACUGGGAGGUCAUAAUAAGUUUUGACUAAGACUAUAAUAAAUAAUAAUUUUAGGCUGCAUAAUUUUCCAUUUUUAACUUCCAAUACAAUCAAUUAUUUUCUACCAAAGAAAUUAUGACAACUUUUUGGAUCUUAAAUAAUAUAUUUUUUUAGGUCCUAAAAACAUUAAAUUUGACUUUUAAAAUGACUUUUCCAUCGUAUUGUUAGUUGGAGAGGCGUGAUUCAUCACUAUAGAGACCACUGAAUUCACCACUGAACUCACCAACUUUCUAGAAAUAACGAACUUUCUAGAAAUAGUAAAAUGAAAUAGUAAAAUGUAAGCGUAAAAAUCAAAAUCUGCAAUAUGAGCAAUAUCAUAUUACCGCCAACAUCCUCCUUCCCCCUCAGUAAGAGUGAGAAUAUUGAAGAUGGCUUGUAGCUGAAUCUUCCAGCAUGACAAUGACCCGGGACACACCUGAGAUAUUUUAACUAGUAUUUGUAGAAGCACCUACAGGAACACCUGAGUGAAUAUUUUUGGCAAUAUAGUGUAGAUUUGAUGAUGAUCUAUGUCUGAUCAGGUUUUUCGAAUAGAAUCAAUUGUCCUUCUUCUUAGAAAUAACGAACUUUCUAGAAGUAACAAACUUUCUAGAAGUAACAGAUUUUCUAGAAGUACCUAACUUUCUAGACGUAACGAACUUUCUAGAAAUAGUAAGAAGUAAGAGUAAGAAUAUUGAAGAUGGGUCGUCGCUGGAUCUUCCAGCAUGACAAUGACCCGAGACACACCCGAGGUAUCUUUACUAAUGUUUGUAUAAGCACCUGCAGGAACACAUGAAUAAAGUGAAUAUAUUUUUGGCAAUACAGUGUAGAUUUGAUGAUGAUCUACUAUGUCUGAUCAGGUUGAAUCGAAUUGAAUCGAUUGUCCUGGACCUAUUGAACCAUUGCUAAAAGCAAUAAUUGAACCACUAAUAUGUGCCUAACAAACCACCAGCUUCAACUUCUCAAUUACUGGAAACUUUUGUAAUUUAUCACAUGAAAAAUCAGCAAUAUGAGCAUAUCAUAUUACCACCAACAUCCUCCUUCCCUCUCAGUAAGAGUAAGAAUAUUGAAGAUGGUUUGUGGCUGGAUCUUCCAGCAUGACGAUGACCCGAGACACCUGAAAUAUUUUCACUAAUGUUUGUAAAAGCACCUGUGAACAAAGUAGAGAUUCAGGAACAUGUGAAUAAAGCGAAUAUAUUUUUGGCCAUAUAGUGUAGAUUUGAUGAUGAUCUACUAUGUUUGAACAGGUUUUUAGAAUUGUAUCGAUUAUCUUGGACCUAUAGUUCCAUUGCUAAAAGCAAUAAUUGAACCACUAAUAUGUGCCUAACAAACCACCAGCACUUCACUAUUACUGGAAGAUAUAAUUUAUCACAUGAUAAAUCAGCAAUACGAGCAAUAUCCGGUUAUAUCUGCGUAAAUCAGCUUUAUUUGAGAAAUUAGGUUUUAUAUCAGUGACUGUAGAAAACAUGGAGACUUUUUUUUUUUUCUAUAGAAAUUACUGUUCAAUUUGCAACCAGAGCCAAUCAACACAGUAGAAAAAAGAGGCGGAGCCAGAUUUGGUAGAACCGCCCCUUUUUUCCCAAACCAAGUGUUACAGUCUCAGGCUGCCUACCUUGAGCAGUUUACAGUAAUGGUCCCCAACAAUAAUAAUAUCGCCAACAUUUUUUAAUAUCGUAAAUGAUAUCGUACCCUGAAAUAUCGCCCACCCCUAAUUAUUUCACACUGUUCUCAUUAUUCCUCAUUAUAUAUCUACUAGAGACAGAUUAUAUCUGUACAGUAUCAUUUAUUCUACUUUAAUCCUGGAUAUAUGAAGUGCAUUUUAAGUAUCAUGACAUUCUGGAUCAUUGACUUUAUCUGUUACAAAUCUGAUCAAAUUCUUGUAUUUUUUUAAUAUCUCGGAUAUUAUAUCGUAUACAGCAAUAAAAUGUAAUUUGCAUUAUGUUGCAGUAGUGCAUUCUUGAAAUAUAUAAAUAUAUAUAUAUAUUGUUUGUUUUUAAAAUCGAUUUUGUCAUAUCGCCAAAAGUAUCGUUAUUGUGAAAAUAAUAUGAAAUAUUUUAAUAAUAUUUUAGGGACAUAUCGACCACCCCUAGUUCAUGCACAGUAUUUUAUUACCAAAUAAUUUAUGAUUCUAUCAUAUAUAUUAUUGUGCUGGAGUUUAAAUCCGUUUUUUUUUUUUUUUUAACCGCUGAGAUAAUCCAAAGCUACUAUUCUAAAAACCAAUCAGAUUUACUGAAAAAUAAAAUAUGCGUAAAAAGCUACUUUGUGUAACAAAACUUCGUAAAAAGUUUACGAAGUAACCGUUAAUGUGACCAACAGCAGAAUCGAACUACAUCGCUAAUAUAUAAUACUAGUAUUAUUGAUGAUUAACUAGAUCUAACUGUUCAUUUUUCAAUUAAUUCAAUUAAAAGCGUAGCCCCACCUAUUAUAAUAUAAUCUAUUAUAAUAUAUUAUAAUAUAGCAGAAUAAGAUGAUAAACUAAUUCCUGUUGGGGUGAAAAUACAAAUGUUUCAUGAUUUACAACAAACUAAAUUAAAACUAACUUUUAAAAUUAGACACUGGAGACGGAAAGAGGAAUAAGAAAGAAAGUGGGCGGGGCUGUUUUAUAUUUUUUCUUUAUUAAAACACACAGGGGUGGGCGGAGCUACACAUCAUACCGCAACGAGCCAGCAGAGGUGCUAGACCUGUGGUGGUUUCACUUUUUAGCAAUAUAAAAACUAACUUUAAAAUUAGACACUGGAGAUGAAAAGAGGAAUUAGAAGGAAAGUGGGCGGGGUUGUUUUCUUGUUUGUUUUUUUCAUUAAAACACACGGGUGGGCGGAGCUACACACUAUAUCGCAACCAGCCAGCAGAGGCGCUAGACCUGUGGUGGUUUCACUUUUAAAAGACUGUUUCCAUGUUUUUUACAGUCACUGGAUAAAAUUGAAGUGUCACGUACUUUUAAAGCUCACCUUCCGCGAAAAUCCGAUUUUUCUUGUUUUUUGUGGAAUACAGUAGGUCUCUCCGAGUUGAAUGUGUACACCUGCACAUUAAACUGUUUUGCAGCCCCCAUUGUCUGCAGGAGCUAAGCAAAGAAAUCCCCCCUCCCCCCCUCCGAAAAACGGGUGAAUUUUGAAUUAUCUUUUUGCCUACGUAGGCAGAAACUCACAGACCAGCCCACCUUGGCUCGAGAAACUCCCAGAGGCGGAGCUGAAGCGACGCAACAUCACCGCUCAUCAGUUAGGAGGUGGGAGGCAGUGAGCGGCAGAGCGGCGGAGGGGCGUCGCAGUGCUCCUAGCCAAUCAGAGGAGAGAUAUUUGCAUGCUGUUUGCAUGUAUGAAUAUUCAUGAGCAAAGCUGGAAUCCGGUCAUUUUGGACACACCCCUAAAACAGUCCAUUAAAAAAGAGCUAUACAGAGACACCUGAGCACUUUUUUUUUUACAAAAACGGCUCACAUGUCAUUCAUUCAUACUAGAGACCACAACUAGACAUUUUAAAAUGAAAGAUAAAACGACGGAAGGUGAGCUUUAAUAACCUUUAAUCAUCACUUUAAUCAUCUCACACUAUCUGCAUAUUAAUUUUAAUAUACAGCUGCUUGUAUUUUAGUGCUUGGUGUGAUGAAAAAAUGCAGUGUAUUUCUCAUUUUAGCCUAAAAGCUUUAUGAUAUAUCAGUCUGAGGGUAUCUCAAUUUUAAGAUUUUAAGCAUUUGUUUAAAAGCACAUUUUAUGUUUUGUACAUAAAGUUUUUUACAUGUUUUUCUUUUAAAUCUCUGCAUAACUGAGUGGUUAAAGGGCGUGUUACACUCAUUUUUAAAUGGAAUGCAUAAAAUAAAAAAAAUAAAAAUGCAUAAAAUUAUUUGAUCGGAUUUUUGACAAACUCUUGAUAUUCUAAUGCAGUAAUCAGAUUAUAAAAUGCAUAUAAAUGUUUUUAUCAGAUCACUGAUAAAAUCAGAUGUUUUGCACUGUUUGAAUUAUGAAUUGCAUGUUCACACAUUUUGAUCAAAAAAAAAAUAAAACCUAACAAACGCAAAAAUCCUGAUUUCUGCAAAACUCCGUUUUCAGUAAUCCGAUCAAAUCAUUUUCAUGCAUUUAUAAUCUGAUUACUUCAAAUCAUCAAAGCUGUAAAUGUAAAUGUGGUACCAAAUACUUCAUUUGUUAAUUAUAGCUGUAUUUUUGUUUUGUUUUUUUACUGUAAAAACAAUUGAUUUUAGAUCAGUAAUUGUGGAAUCUUGUGCUGAAAUUCAGUUUAAGUGGUUAUUGGGUGUGUUUCACUCAUUUUUAAAUGGUGCACAAUCAAGCCAUAAAUUUUAGCCCUUGUGCUUUUUUUUAGAGAAAUUGUGAAAUUAAAUUAAGGUACUAAACAAAAGCAUUUUCUACAAGUGACCGUGCAUCUUAAAUUCUGUUUUAUUGAUCAGUACAAAUUAUUUCAGUAAUUAUUUUUUUAUGAUUGUAAUUAAUAAUUGCAUUUAUUAAAUCCUAAAGGAAAAAAAAGUAUAAGAAACAUAAAUAAUUAAAUAAAAUAAUUGAAUAAAUAAAAAUCUAAAUAAAAUUUGGCAAAAAACUAAAUAUAUAAAAAUAUAAAAAAAAUAUUUUAUAGAAAAACAAUCUAUAUCAUUUUUUCCCCACACCCUAACUAUUUAAUUAUGCAGAUCUUUAUUAAAAAAUACAGUGUAAUUUCUUGUUUAAUUGUGAUAUUUUAUAUGUGUGUAUAUAUGGAUAGAAUGGCUCAAUGUUCACAGUUGUUACUUUUGAUUGAUUAUUUUCUUUUUAAAUCAUUUUAUUCAUUCCUUUUGUAUCAUUAUUCAGUUAUUCAGUAUCUAACGGGUAAUUGAUGAAUACCUGUCAGAUUAUCAGAUUAUCAGAUUAUCAGAUUAUCAGAUUAUGAGUGUGUGUAAAUGUGUUUUACUGGAUUACUGAUAUUUUAUAUAUGGGUUUUUUUUCAUGUGUGUGGCGCCACCUGCUGGAGAACAGUAACAAAAACAACACGCUGAUUUAAAUAAUGAUUUACCACACUUCUACUUGUAGGACCAAAUACUGCAUUCGAGUGUCAUUACUUUUAACUGUAUUUUUAUUUUUACUGUAAAGAUCAGUAAUUGUAGAAUCCUGUGCUGAAAUUCAGUCUAAAUCUGUUCAGAGUUGUUCUGAGUGUGGUCAUAAUGUUUUGACAGUGUGAGAAGUGUGUAGAUGGUUGAAGUGUGUGUGUGUAGAGUGUGUGUGUAGUGUGUGUGGUGUGUAGUGUGUGUGUAUUUAGGCUCAGUUGUGUUUAAAUGCCCUGUGUAAUUAAGGACUGCAAGUCUGCUGAGGCCUGUAACGAUUAUUACGAUACUGAUUUAUCGUACGAUUUAGAGAUAAAACAACAUCAUUUCUGCUCAUCUCGAUUCUGACCGUUCGCUGUUUUCCUAAAAAAAAAAACAUAAACUCAAUUUUAUCCAAAUCACAUUUCAUUUCCAGUGUAAACAUCAAAUUUUACAAAAUAAAAUAUCCGCCAACAGAGCUUGUGAUGUUUUUAUAUUCUUUUAUUAUCUCUAUUAUAUCUUUUAUUUUAUAUCCACAGUUUUACUCAAAAAAUCUUAUCUUGUCAGAAUAAGUUGGAAUAAUGAUUUAUUCUUUGGAUAAUUUGACUUACUAUGCCAAAAAUAGUAAACAUAUAGUGAACUUCCUAGAAAUAACGAGCUUUCUAGAAAUAAUGAACUUCCUAGAAAUGACAAACUUUUUAGAAAUAACGAAAUUUCUAGACAUGACGAACAUUCAAGAAAUAACACACUUUCUAGACAAACUUUCUAGAAAUAAACAAAUAUAAACAUAAUGAACUUUCUAGACAUCAAAACCUUCUAAGAAUAACACAUUUUCUAGACAUAAACUUUCUAGAAAUAAACUUUCUAGACAUGAACUUCAUAGAAAUAAUGAACUUUCUAGAAAUAACGUAUAACGUACUUUCUAGAGGUAACGAACUUCCUAGAAAUACUGAACAUUCUAGAAUUAAAAAACUUUCUAGAAAUAACGAACUUCCUAGAAAUUCU